UCCCACCCCAUCCUGCGGGGACAGGCUCAGCCUCCCUCCCACGGCCAGCGCGGGAGCAUCCAAAGGGCCGGAAUGUUCUCCGGGACGGGCGGCAAAGGGAGCAGCUGGUGGAUGCAGGAUGCUCUCCUGAGCUCCCGGGAACGUCUUCCCAGGAAUUCUCCGUGCCAAGAAGGUUUUCCCAGGAAUUCUCUGUCCCAGGAAGGCUUUCCCAGGAACUCUCUGUCCCAGGAAGGCUUUCCAAGGAAUUCUCCGUCCCAAGAAGGUUUCCCAAGGAACUCUCUGUCCCAAGAAGGUUUUCCCAGGAACUCGUCAUCCCACGAAGGUUUUUCAAGGAAUUCUCCAUCCCACGAAGGUUUCCCGAGAAAUUCUCCAUCCCAGGAAGGUUUCCCAAGGAAUUCUCCAUCCCAGGAAUGUUUCCCCAGGAAUUCUCCAUCCCAGGAAUGUUUUCCCAGGAAUUCUCCAUCCCAGGCCACUCCUGCCCUCCCCAGCCCUGCAGAGAUGCUGCUGGGAGCUCACAGGGGCUCUCCAGAUGUGCAGGGACAUUUGAGGCCACCCCCAAAUUCCUUCACCCAGCAGGACCUCUCUGCCCUCUCCUUCUUCCAGUUCCAGCUGCACAGGGAGGAAAAUUUGCUGAGGAACAUCCCGGAGGAAAAAUUGCUGGCUCCUGAUGAAAAUGGCAACAGGCUGCUGCACAAGGCUGUUGCCCAGGGAAGGAGGGCUCUGACUUUUGCCCUGGCCCAAAGAUUUGCAUCCCUCAACAAGAUCGACCAGAAGGAUGCAGAGGAAAGGACUGCUUUACAUCUUGCUGCAGAAAAGAACCAGCACCUGAUGGUGAGUGACCUGAUCUCCCUGGGAGCCAAUGUCAACGAGCAGGACAGCUCUGGGAAAACUCCGCUGCACCUGUGUGCAGAGAACGGGUACCUGAGAGUUCUGGAGGUCCUGAAAAACUGCAAGAACAACGGGGUGUGCGUGGAGGUGGAUGUGCCUGACCACUGCGGUUUGACCCCGCUGCACUGUGCUGCUCUCGCCCACACCGUGCUGGUGACAGAAGGGCAGAGCACAGCCGGGGACAGCAGCACGGGGAGGCUCCUCCGGCUCCGGAAAGAACAAAUCCUGGAGGGAAUUCUCUGCCUGCUCCAGAUGGGAGCAGAGCCCCGGCUGCAGGUUCUGAAUUCCUGUCAAACCUCCUCCCCUGCCCGCCUCAGACUGGAGGAGAACACAGAGCUCAUGUGUUUGCUCCAGGCUCAGAAACCCCAGGCACAGGAUGUUCUUCAAGAGAGCUGCAGCCCGCUGGAUGCUCCCAGAGGAAUCCCCGCUCCCCCAGCAGCAGAAAAUUUACCUGAGCUUUGCUCCUUGGCAUCCUCAGAGCUCCUGGAUGUCCUUCUCCAAGGGAAAUGCUGAGAACUCUCCUCACCUGACUCUGGUGGGCCACCAGCUGCAAGAGAAUAACCAGAAUUACCAGAGUAAAAUAUAGAAUAUAUUAUGUUAUAUCAUAUCUUGAACUGACUGCUGGAAAGAUCUCACCUGGACCCAGAAUUAAAGAGCAAACUGAUAAAUGAGGGAAAUCCUCAGUGCAGGUUUCACCAGGAAUUCAGUGUUAGGUGCUCCAGGAAGAAUUAAAUUUUCAUUUUCUCACAAAUUUCUGCUUCUCUGCUCAGGUCUGAGGUGGAGCUGCCCUGCAGUCUGAAGCUCUGAUGAUUUUUCAUGCAGGUGUUUAGCCCAAGAAAAGGAUUUUUAACCAUCCAGGGCCCAGUCUUGAGGGUUUCAGUCUAAAAUUAUUCUCUACACUCCAAAUUCAACGUUCAGAUAGACUGAAAAUCUGUCAUUUUAAUCACAAGCUCUGGGAAUUCAGAGCCUGAUGAGUUAUAUUUAAUAUUUUCUGCACUCUGGCUCUGAAUUUGGCCAAGCCUGGAGGGGUCACACUUUAAGGAAGUCUCACAGUGAAGUCCUUCCAAAAUAAAUCUUCGUGCUGAGCAUGUUUUCUCAACAAAAGUCAAGCUUUUUAUUCAUGCAAUCAGAAUUUUGCACCAAUCGUGGAUUGUAGGUGAAGUCUGGGACAAAGUGUUUGGAUUCAGCUCCUUUCUAACAGAUCUAACAGAGGGUUUUACAUUUGCAAAAUUUAAAUAUUCAACAACAGCUUCGGAAGGAUCAUUUUUUACACAAAGUUGGGAGCAUAACAAGGAGCUGAGGUGAUCCUGUCCUGCCAGAAAACCAAGUUAUUCAGUGCAAUCGCUACAAACGAGCUCAUUUUUAUUUGGAAUUAUUCCUUCCCAGAUUUACUCUCCUUUCAUUUUACCUUCUGGUUGCGAGUUUGCUGGUUUCUAUGAAACUUCCCUGUUUGCUACAUAGGGAGCAAUUCUAUUUUUACAGAACCUAAACCCAAAAAAAAA